AUGGCCACAGAGGAGCCCCGCGUAGAUGCCGAAGACGAGGAGGCUGAAGGUGAACAAGCAGAUGGCACUCUGGAUCCAGAUCUGUUGGCCGCUUGUAUGAGGAACGACACAGAGGCUGCAAAAAAACUGAUUGAGCAGGGAGCAAAUCCCUGCUGUGAAGAUCAGCGACAAUGGAGUCCUUUAAUUUGGGCAGCGUCGCAUGGAAACGAGGACCUAACAAGGCUCCUCAUCAAGCACAAUGCAGCUGAGGUGUACAAAUACGAUGAAAACACAAAAGUCAGGAAGAAGCACAGUCCUCUACAUUGGGCUGCGUUCAAAGGGCACCUCAAGGUCUUGGGAUGUGACCCAACAGCUUCUCCUGCAGAGCUGAAAAGGGCCUACCAUGAAAAGCUCCGGGAAUAUCAUCCUGACAAAAGACCUGAAAGCAGGGGAGAGACAGGCGCCCGAGUCACACAAGCAGUUUUGGAUGCCUGGUCUAUUCUUCAGGACACCGACAAACGCCAAGCAUAUGACGCUGUUUGGAACAAGAAAAGGAACCAAGACUUGGCUGCAGAAGUUGCAGAGGCCCGCCGGCGAGAGGGCAACGACCUCUACAAAGAAGCGCAGGCGCUAGCAAAAACAUCUGGCCCAGACAGCCUGUCAGCUGCAACGGCAUCUUUGACACGGUAUCAGGCAGCAAUUGAGAAAUACUCAGAGGGCAUAGACCUGGCACCGAUGGAUCAUCGUCUCCGCAGCAACCGGGCUUUGUGCUACAGUGCUUUGAAGGACUGGAACAGAUGCAAGGAGGAUGCUGCAGCAGUUGUUGAAAUGAAACCUGACUUCAUGAAAGGUUGGUUCUUGCUGGUAAAGGCUUUCUGGAAGGAAGGCAAUCCUAUUGCCGCUCAGCGUCACCUGGACUCGGCGCUACAGGCAAGGCUACGCAUGGCUUUGUCUUUCUUUGGUUGCAGCAUGAGCUCGCAUUGCAGGAAGAACUCGCACCAGACGUACAGGCCGCCACCAGUGGUGAUUUGCUGCCGCCUGUGGGCAGGGGUAGAAGCAGCCGAAACGUGUCGCCGUCCUGCACUCCUGUGCAAGGCAACUCGAGAUCUGGCUCCAGGGUCGCAACUCCACCUCCUGUUCCUGGUGCACGUAGUGCUUCAAAGUCGUCAGGGCGCCAGCGGUCGACAUCUCGGCCUCGACACCCUGGUGCAGGUGCUUGGGACGAAACUGCGAGAUUCGGAGAUGAAGAUGCUUCAGAGAGGACUGCCCAGUUUGGCUCCUACAUGUUUGGCCAGUCAACUUCAAGUCCUGCGCCUCCUCCUGCUCCGCCUGGGCGGGAAGGCGGGACCCCACCGCCGCCGCCAAUUUCGCAGCGCACAAAGGGAUCUUCGCUUGCAUCAAUGGCAGCAUCAAGCCGACUCGGAGUGCAUGGCACCUGAGUGUUCUCUGGCUGCUGAUGGCUCCUCCUCAGUGCAGCAGCUCUUGCAGAAUGCCAUGAACGCGACAGCCUGCAAGGCAUCUGGAAAGCAGUUCUCCUCCACGGUGCUGAGAUAUCUUUGUUCAUGGUCACUGGAUGUGUUCUGUGAGAAGGAAAUCACCCAGACCUUCGUGUAUGAGCAUCCAGAAGCCAGUGAGAAGGAGAAGCCAGUCACGUGGUGCAAUGAGGUCAGGUCCACGAUUCAAGACCUCGAGCACCAGCUGAAUCACGCUACGCAUUUGAACCAGCUUGACACUGUGACCGCAGCAUUGGAAGCUGCUGCAGACAAGCCGGUAGAUUGCAAGCUGGUUCAUCAGUGCAACCAGCUGAAGGAGAAACUUGAAUCGGAAAUACAACUCGGAAAAGCCAUGCAGGUGACAACCAUCACCAAUCUUGACGAGUUCGAUGGUGUACAUGAUGCUUUGAGCAAGGCCAUCGAUGAUGCCGUUGCGAAAAAGGCUGACCCAGGACGUGUUCAAGCGGCCAAGACACUGCGGCGGAAACUGCUUGCAGAGGCAUCCCUGAUGAGAACAGUGCUGGGUCAGCAAAAGACAACGGUGGCGCACAUUAGCAUGCUACAGGAGUUGCUGGCAGCCGCCAAGAACGAGAAUGCCAACGAGGAUUUGAUCUUACAAGCUUCUAAGUUGAUUGCACGGCUUAGCAGCGAGAGCGAGGUGCAAAAACGCAUCUCAGCAACUGUGGUGCUGUGCGAAGUGGAUUCAUUUAAGGAAGCAGAAGGAAGGGAAGAGAUGCCAGACUGGUCUCAGAAUACAGAGAAAUUUGAAGAAUUCCACGAGGACUUCAAAAAAGUCAUGGAAGAUGCUGAGAGGGAUCAGAUUUCUGACGUUCUGAUGGUUACAGCCCUGGAGCAGCUCGAUAAAAUCGAACGACUCCUGGUCGAAAAGAAACAGACUGAAGCAGAAAUGGGUUUGAAGGCUUUUGUGGGUCCUCCUAUGUACUACGCUGCUUGGAGUGGAAGGAGAGCAGCCACUGUCACAGUUGUGGACUGGUCGAGCACCAACUGCGCAGGAAAGUUUUUGGUGCUCAGUGAAUUGUUACAAAGCAAAGGCGUUCACUGCGAUGAAUGCGACAAGGGACAAGUGGUGCAACGGGUGCUGGAUACUUGGGAUGAGGAGGUGUUGGAGGCCUCCUCACCAGAUGGCAAAGUCCGUUUGACCAAGGAUGUUUUCAUGAAAAACAUGAAGAUGACCUACAAAAGGCAUUUAAAAAGAAAACCAGAAGAUGGUGGACACGAGCUCGCUGAUGACGAAAAGGAGCCAGAUAGUACAGAGGGCUCAGAUAGCCGCUUUCCAGAUUUCAGCAAGGAAUGGCGGGAAUUCAGCAUAAAGGUGGCCAAGGGAGAAAUACAAACUGAAAGCAAUGGCCAGAUUGUCUAUGAGGUUGGUGGAUCAACGCCGGCCCCAACCUUUUGGGACAAGUGGAAAAUGUACUUGCUCAUGGGCAUGAACAUUAGUAUGCUAAUGUGCACCCAGUACUUGAAAAGGUACAAGACACAGGACACUGAAGAAAAAUACAGGGGAGCGCAAGCCGAAGCGCAAGGUGAAGGAGAAGAGUUUGAGUCCAAAAAGUCCGAAAAAGCCAAAAAGAAGAAGGAUAGUAAGAAGAAAAGCUGA